AUGGCGAGUUCAACUUCACACCCGCCAGAAUACCUGACGGACUCGGACUGGUCAAAGCGCCACCACGCGAUAUCAUUGCGCAAACUCAUGUGCCUGAAAACUGUUCCUGACAAGCCAGAUACCUUCCUCUCAACAUCGGCCGCAUUUCCACCAACACCUGCACCACGCGCCUAUGGUGGUCACGUCUUUGCGCAAUCAGCCUGGGCUGCUGCACAUACCGUUCCGUUCGGGCUGCAUGUCAAUAGUGUCACGGGUUACUUCCUCCUGAUAGGUAAUACUCAUUAUGCAUUCGAAUAUCGAGUGCGCAGGGUCAGAGAUGGAGGUGUGUAUUGUUUGAGACAGGUGGAGGCAUUCCAGAACAGCAAGGAGGGAGAUUUUGGUAAGACGCCAGUCUUCAUAGCGUUUGUAAGCUUCAAGCGUGAUGAGAGAGGCAAGCAUAGACCAGGUGCUAGGGGGCAGAGAAAGGACUUUCAGCAUCAGGAACUGCUGCCCGGUUACUUGAUGGAGGAGUACAGUCGAGUGUUAGGCAGGAAAGGACGGUUCGAAGAGUGGCCGUUGUGCCAAGGUAUGGACGGUAUAUUUCCAGCUGGUGGUAUGAGCCUUGAGAAGUGGAAGCAGAGGGGUAACGCCUACCCUGGACUGGAGAUGAGAAAGGUCGAUAUGACUGGAUACAAUGUAAAGGCUGUUGCAGGGGCCAUUGACGAUAAUGGUGAAGCGGCGAGGAAGUGGAGGCUGCUGAUAUUGUAUCGUAUCGUGCUCGACGAGGAGGAAGAAAUGCAGCACGUGAAGGAGUUGGCGGCCGAAGGUAAGCAGAAAAAGACUGGUGCCGAUGAUGUAUUGAAUUUGCAUGCUAUUGGUCACUUGUACGCUUCCGAUCGCAACAGUCUCUUCCUGGCGCAGCGUGCCCUGGGUUUUGAGAAGCAAUUGGGCCAAGUCGGUUCGCUGUCACAUACUGUCAACUUCCACACGCAUGCAUCGGCUUUGUCCAUGGUAGACACAAAAGUUGGCCGAAGGAAAGAGUAUGCGCAAGAGGCUUGGUGCAGUAAUAGUGGUGCUGAUCGAGUGUGUCAUAACAGUAGACUUUGGGACGUCGAGACUGGUCAGAUUCUGGCGAGUACGGUCCAGGACGGUAUGAUGAGGAUGCCAGUUGACUGGAACGGGGAGAUAAUAGACGGAGAUGCGAUAUUGAGAAAAGAAGCCAAGUUGUGA